AUGUCCGUCACGGCCCCCGCGUCAUCUACGGCCCCUUCGCCCUACCCGAACGCAUUACAGAGUCGUCAGACCACCGCCGAGCAACGCCAGAUCGCCGCCGCUGCUGUGCGCGCCUACCGGGCUACCCUCAGCCAAGAAAACGUACUUCUGCAGGAAAAAGACGCACUGCUUAGCAAGGAGGAGGCAGAGCGACUCCAGCGUAGAGUUGACGACCAGGCCGCUGCGGACGCCACUGCCACACAGUUUCGCAACCGUGCCUGCGACGUCUUCGCCAGUGUGCAGGGCGGGCAGUGCCGAGACGAAGAUAGCGCCAUCGACAUCUUCCACGCGGCGUGUGACGGUGACGUAGUAGCCCUUGACGCAUGCAUACGAGGCGCGGCGGACAUCAACGCCAUCGGGCAGCCAGACCCAGCGCACUACAAUGGCAUCCAGUUCAAGCAGCGAUGGCUCUUCCGCGCGCCGCCACUCGUCUUCGCGGCUGCUUUCGGACGUGAAGAGGCGGUGCGCUUUCUACUAGCACACGGGGCGGACCCGAACGUGGCGUCCACCACAGGGCUGCGCGCACGCGAUUAUGCGGCGCGGCGCGGCUACGGCUCCAUUGUGCAACUGGUGGCCAGCGGUGCGUCCUAA